AUGUCAUCGGAUCCUCCUGCUUACGAACCACCUGGUCCUGAAAUCACUGGCGGAGAAAGUACAAGUAGAGCUGUACCAGAAGGCAACAAUGGAGGAGAUACAUUUAAGGAUGAACCUGCCGCAGGUGAAUAUAGUGACGAGGGAGAUCCAGUCAAGUGGAAUUUCUCUCCAACCACAAUCAUCAUAUUGGUGAUUCUGAAUCUAUUAGCAGCUGGUGCUUUGGGAUAUCUCAUCUGGUAUGCAGUGGACCAGGCUACCAACACACCGGCACCGACCCCUUCUCCUACAAUAGCCACUCCUUCACCUUCAAUGGCGCCUUCAAGAUCAUUUCGACCCUCUUUGACGCCAUCAGUUUCAAGUUUUCCGUCAAUUCUGCCUUCAGACAUGCCGUCUAUUGAUUCUACGCCCGCUCCAACUACCAGUAAUCAGCCGACACCAAUUGCUUCUAGUUCUCCAACAUUUGGUCCCUUUACGUGCAGCCUCUGUGGUGAAGGUAACACGAUGUCUACUACCAACCUCAGCGGUGAGAUUAGUUUUGGUUCAAGAGUAACUAGAACUUGUCAAGAGCUUCUUGAUGAUCAAAACAAUGGAGACAUUUUGGAGGAACAAUGCAUUGAACUCUACGAUGAUAUUCUUGCCACUUGCGGAUGCGAUUCAACAGCAACCAUCGGAGCGAGGGAUGAUGCAGGCAUCACUGCGAUCAUUCAAGCUGCGGGCAUCGAUACUACGGGUACUAAUGAGGCCAGUGCUCUCACUGAUUUGUUGAGUGCUACCACAGACACUUACUUUGCCUCCGAAAAGGCUACCAUGACUGACCCGCAGGUCGUUGAACGCUACAUUAUGAUUUUGGCACACAAACAGUUGAAGUUACAGUCGCUCCUCUCUUCCGAGUUGCCUUUCGAGGUGUGCUUUUGGCAAACAGCCUUUACUUGCGAAUACGGUCGAGUGACAUGGGUAUAUUUCGAUGGUGUUUUUGAAGUUGCAACAGGUACCCCAGCCUUCCCAGUAGAUUUAUUCAGAUUGGAGGCGAGUCGAAUUACUGUCGUUAACUAUUCUUUGGCAUCCACAAUUCCUGCAAGCAUCCCACAGACUGAUUUGCUGACCAACUUGGAGCUGUAUGCCAACAGCCUUACCGGUACUCUUCCGGACGCACUCUUUGAAUUGCGAUCGCUGACCACGUUGGAUCUAAGCAACAAUGGCUUGUCUGGAAAUAUCGGCGACAAGACCAAGAUCAAGCAGCUGAUUCGCCUCGACAAUUUGGAUCUUGGAAACAAUGCUUUUACAGGUACUAUGCCUACCUGCGAAUUGUCUACUACACCAGCCACAUUCAUUUCUGAUUGCGCAAGUGAAGUGACUUGCACAUGCUGUUCUUCGUGUGCAGACACGACUACUGGAACUGUAUAG